AUGAAGACUCUGAUCGCUCUAGGGUACUCUGAUCACUCUACAGACCCUGGUUCCACCCCUAGCCAACAACAACAUAGAGAGAAGAAUGUCCAGCAUAGAGAGAAGAAUGUCCAGCAUGGAGAGAAGAAUGUCCAACAUAGAGAGAAGAAUGUCCAGCAUAGAGAGAAGAAUGUCCAGCAUGGAGAGAAGCAUGUCCAGCAUGGAGAGAAGCAUGUCCAGCAUGGAGAGAAGCAUGUCCAGCAUAGAGAGAAAAAUGUCCAACAUAGAGAGAAGAAUGUCCAGCAUGGAGAGAAGAAUGUCCAACAUAGAGAGAAGAAUGUCCAGCAUGGAGAGAAGCAUGUCCAGCAUAGAGAGAAGAAUGUCCAACAUAGAGAGAAGAAUGUCCAGCAUGGAGAGAAGAAUGUCCAACAUAGAGAGAAGAAUGUCCAGCAUGGAGAGAAGAAUGUCCAACAUAGAGAGAAGAAUGUCCAGCAUAGAGAGAAGAAUGUCCAACAUAGAGAGAAGAAUGUCCAGCAUAGAGAGAAGAAUGUCCAACAUAGAGAGAAGAAUGUCCAGCAUGGAGAGAAGCAUGUCCAGCAUGGAGAGAAGCAUGUCCAGCAUAGAGAGAAGAAUGUCCAACAUAGAGAGAAGAAUGUCCAGCAUGGAGAGAAGAAUGUCUAA